UUGCUAGAAAAGCCGCCCAUUAAAAGCUCGCUUUCUCUUCAAUAUCUCCGACGGUCAAAUCUCUUCCCUCUCUCUGCCUCUCACACGCCAAUUGAGAGAAAGAAAGAUUCGUUUCAAAACUUCAAUGGGAAAGAAGAGCUACAUAAGAAUGAAAACGGAUCAAGACACGAACCAGCUGAUCAGCUCUGAUCUGAAAGAGCUUGGAAACGCCGCUAAAAAGCUCGCUACCCAUGUCGGCAACCUCACCAGCUUAGGCUUCGGCACCACAUUCCUUCAAUGGGUUGCUUCCUUCUCUGCAAUUUAUUUGUUGGUUCUGGAUCGAACACAUUGGAAGACAAACAUUCUUACGUCUCUGCUAAUCCCGUACAUCUUCUUCAGUUUUCCUUCACUACUGUUCAACAUCUUCAGAGGAGAGAUUGGGAAAUGGAUUGCUUUUGUUGCGGUUGUGUUGCGCCUUUUCCUCCCACGACAUUUCCCAGAUUGGCUGGAACUUCCAGGCGCUUUGAUUCUUUUGAUGGUGGUGGCUCCUAGUUUACUUGCAGACACUGUAAGGGACGACUGGAUUGGCGUGGCAAUAUGUCUUGUCAUUGCAUGUUAUUUGCUGCAAGAACACAUCCGGGCAUCUGGCGGUUUCAGAAAUUCCUUCACAAAAGCCAAUGGCAUAUCAAACACGGUUGGUAUAAUCCUUCUGUUGGUCUAUCCUGUCUGGGCACUGGUACUUGACUUCAUAUAGCCACACUCUGCAGCAUGUGGAUUGCCUCGAGGCUUCCAUAUUUUAUGAACCAUCUUGUUUGUAUCAUUCAGAUAAACUGACAAGUUUGUUACUCAGAAGAUAUGUUGUUAUCAUUUGCACCAGUAUAAACGCCAACAGAAAAAUUGUGCUUUAUUCUGUUGAAGGGGAUUAGCAUAAUUUUUUUUUGUUAUUUCAUCCUUAUCAUGUGAUCUUUUUUGAGGCU